AUGGGCUGUGGGACUAGCAAAGUACUUCCUGAGCCUCCCAAGGAUGUUCAUUUGGAUCUCGUUAAAAAGGUUGAGCCAUAUACUGGUUAUAAAACGGACAUAUAUAAGCACUUCAUCAAGGGUGAUGGAGAUGCCAUCAAAUCUGCUAUCCCUUCUCCUCCUCGUCACACUAACCCACAUGUGGAACAGGCAGAGCCUCGCAAGAACAGAGUGGCAAAGUACCGUGCAAAAUUUGAUCCCAGAGUGACAGCCAAGUAUGAUAUCAAAGCCCUGAUUGGCCGAGGCAGCUUUAGUCGUGUAGUACGGGUGGAGCACAAGGCUACCAAGCAGCCGUACGCAAUCAAGUUGAUAGAGACCAAGUACCGUGAAGGAAGGGAAGUGUGCGAGUCAGAGCUGUGUGUGUUGCGUCGUGUUCGGCACACCAAUAUUAUCCAGCUCAUUGAAGUGUUUGAGACUCAGGAGCGUGUCUACAUGGUGAUGGAAUUGGCCACUGGAGGGGAGUUGUUUGACCGUAUCAUUGCCAAAGGUUCCUUCACGGAAAGGGAUGCUACCCGAGUGCUGCAAAUGGUGUUGGAUGGAGUUAAAUACUUACAUACAUUGGGCAUAACUCACAGGGACUUAAAGCCAGAGAACUUGCUCUAUUACCACCCAGGCAUGGAUUCUAAAAUAAUGAUCACAGACUUUGGGCUGGCGAGUGCUCGAAAGAAGGGAGAUGACUGCUUAAUGAAGACUACCUGUGGGACACCAGAGUAUAUUGCCCCAGAGAUCUUGGUCAGAAAGCCUUACACAAACUCUGUAGACAUGUGGGCACUGGGUGUGAUCUCAUACAUCCUACUAAGUGGGACGAUGCCUUUUGAAGAUGACAACCGCACCCGCUUGUAUCGGCAAAUUCUGAAAGGAAAGUACAGUUACUCAGGGGAGCCAUGGCCCAGCGUGUCCAAUCUUGCCAAGGAUUUCAUUGACCGUCUGCUCACAGUGGAUCCUAGUGACCGGAUGACGGCUCUUCAGGCCUUAAAGCACCCCUGGGUGGUCAGCAUGGCUGCCUCUUCUUCCAUGAAGAACCUGCACCGCUCCAUAUCUCAGAACCUCCUCAAGAGGGCAUCAUCUCGUUGCCAAAGCACCAAGUCAGCCCAGUCCACCCGCUCCAGCCGCUCCACUAAAUCCAAUAAGUCCCGGCGGGUACGGGAGCGGGAACUGCGAGAGCUGAACUUGCGCUACCAGCAGCAGUACAAUGGCUGACAACUCAGCAGGAGGCUGCCUGGCUUGUUCUUUCUUUGUCAUUGGGACAUGUUCUGCACUGUGUUCACUAAGUGAGGGGGCCCCAAGCUCCAGCCCUCUUCUCUCAAAGCCCAACUUCCUAUGUCCAUCUUCCUGCCUUGGGAGAUGGAGCUUUAGGGAUGCUGCUGCCCCUGGGAGCACAUCUCACCUGUGUAGGGUCAGAGGAUUAGAAAAUUCUGCUUCGUGGCCCAGCCCUGGAAAAAGGUCUACAGUUAGUUGCCUGAAAUACUGGAGCCAUGCAGAAGAGUCCUUCCCUAGCCGAGAAUCUUUUCUACUCCUAUUUAUUUACUCCCAAGUUCUAUCUAGCCAGCUUCUGUUGCUACAGGGUCUGGGAGGGGAUGAUUUAGGCCAGGGUAGCUAACAUGGUACCACCCAAACUUUGUUGUACUAUAGCUCACCAUUCCUGUUGACUGGCCAUGCUGAUUGGGGCUUAUGGGAGUUGGAGUCCAGCAAUAUCUGAAAGGUACCACAUUGGCCAUUGCUGACUUAGGCUGUUGGUUAAAAUCAGGAUCAUGGAACCCCAUGUGUCCACAGGUGCAGAAGGAGAUUACUGAGUUCCUCUUCUGGCUGCAGCCUUUUGCACUGCAUCAGACAUUACCCCAGAAGUUUUUGUGACAUCAGUUGGGGGUUUUCUGCACCCAAGAGAGAGGGUAGGGAAGCCUUUAAGUCCCAGUGCAUGUGUGGAACUCUGUGCACAGCUCUCUGAAUCUUGGGCUAUGCACUUUCACAGUUUCAGUUUUCACUUGGUUUUGCACUUAAAUGGCUGCUUUCCAUCCAUACAGCUGUGAAAUGGGGACCAAAUUCUCUUUUGAUACUUGUUAGAGGAAAUCAGAAUUAGUGCUGCUCCUCUCACUGUCCUGUGUGUUGAAGGCUGGAGAAAUGGUUGUGCCUUAACUACACUAAUUUUAUUGGCUUGAAAUGGCUUGGGUCAGGCUCUUUUCCUCACACUAUUUUGGAGCCUUAUCUUGCUCUAUGUUGUAUAUUUCCGCUUAAUGCUGGAAUGAAUUAUAGGAAACCCAGUCAUCAUUCUGACUCAAUCAGUGCUCAGAUGUGUGACUCAGUACUGCAACAUUGCAAGUGACUGAGGAGACAUCAGACAUCUUUCUUCCCUCUUCUGACCUCCUGUACACACUCCAGGGGGGUCUCUCAUCAGACAGGUGACAUCAAAAGUCUGUUUCUCUCAUUAAAGGCUUGAGUGGGUUCAAACAACUGCUGUGCUUGCCUCUACAGCUGGCACACUGGGGUGCAGGCAGUGCAGCUUAGAAUCAUAAAAUCACAUAGCUUAAAGGGACCCAAAGAUAAUCUAUGCUGCAUGCCCCCCCUGGAUUAACCCACUUUCCCUUGGUUUUAGUGUGCUGCAAAUAAAGAGCCAGAGAGCAAAUCAGGUGCUCACACCAGAGCUGCCUCUUGAAUCAAGUAAUAUGGAAAAAUAAAAUCUAGACAUCAGGCUUGCUGCUUUUUACAGCAGCAAAUUGCCAGAGUCACUAGCCAGUCUGAGCAGAGAGACGUGUUUCUGUAGGGAUUUUCUGUCUCCAGUUAGACUUUAUCUAAAAGUGCAGCAAAAUGAUGUAAUGAGGUACCGGAGUCCUGAAAUGAUAGGAUGGACCGGGGGUAGGAUAAAUUUAUUUGGGAUAUAGGAGCAAGUCUUGAUGUUCUGGCCUUUCGUUCACCCCUGUAGAUAAGGUCAAGGAAAAAAGGGCAGCAAUUGGAGUUUCCAACCUUAAAUCAAUAUUUCUUGUCCUAUUCAUGAUUGGCAUUGUGCCCUCACAUCAACUGUUCUGUUUCACAGAAACCAGUUACUUCCAGCCUCUGGUGGCACAGCCUGUUUCCGAGAGCAACUCUCUUGUGCUGGUUAAUGUGUCGGGAUACAUUGUCAGACAUCAGCUUAAGGACGUUGCAUCAGUCAUGGUAGGCAGGUGGCCAUAUCUUUUUGGGCAGUUAAAUUUUAUUGACGUCUACAAAGGCACUUCCUGUUCCAAUGAACAGUGACUCAGUGGAGGUGUUAAGAGUAGAGGUGUACGAAGUGUCUGGGAGUGAUACCAUUGCAGUGGGGUAGCCCAUGACAGAGAGGGAGGGAGUGAUGGUGCAGAAGUAGCUGUGAUGUUGAAUCGCUCAUUAGUAAUGAUGUGAGUCUGCCUUGUCCUCACCUUGUUGAGACAUCAGCAUUACACAGGAAAAGUAAUGUAACACACAGCUUG